GGCCGCGGAGGAGGCGACGUCAUGGAUUCCUGAGUGUGAAGUUUGCAGGAAAGCCCUUAGUUUUGGAGAUGGACGGGAUCCAGUGGUUUCCAUGGCGCUGGAUAAACAGGAGGAAACAGUGAGGGAAUCCCGUUAUUUUACUGCAUUGAAAGCCUAUAAACACGGAGCGCGGGGAAGGAAGUCGCGUUCCCUCUCGAGUAAGCCGGAGCGCCGAGCCGCGCCGACUCCGCCGCGCCGGGAGCCGGGAGCCUGGAGGCGGGAGGCGCGCAGCUCCCGGGCCGCUCGCAGGCUCCUCGGCCAGGGCAGCCCCGCGAGCAUGCUUUAGAGAGGACGGCGCCCCCUUGGCUCCCGGUCUACCCAGACAGACCCCUCUCACCACGCGCGCCGAAACCCCAUCCCCUCCAGAUGCAGAGAGAGGCUGCGUUCAGACUGGGGCACUGCCAUCCCCUCCGCAUCAUGGGGUCUGUGGACCAAGAAGAACCGAAUGCACAUAAGGUCGCCAGCCCACCCUCCGGACUCGCAUACCCCGAUGAUGUCCUGGACUAUGGCCUCAAGCCAUACAGCCCCCUAGCCAGUCUCUCUGGCGAGCCCCCCCGCCGGUUGGGAGAGCCGGAUAGGGUAGGGCCCCAGAACUUUCUGUGCCCUGCCAAGCCAGCGGGGGCCUCGGGCCUGAGCCCUCGGAUCGAGAUCACUCCAUCCCACGAACUGAUGCAGGCAGGGGGGCCCUUCCGCGUGAGAGACACUGGCCUCCUGGUCGAGCAGCCGCCCCUGCCGGGGGUGGCCGCCAGCCCGAGGUUCACGCUGCCCGUGCCCGGCUUCGAGGGCUACCGCGAGCCGCUUUGCUUGAGCCCCGCUAGCAGCGGCUCCUCUGCCAGCUUCAUUUCCGACACCUUCUCCCCCUACACCUCGCCCUGCGUCUCGCCCAAUAACGGCGGGCCCGACGACCUGUGUCCCCAGUUUCAAAACAUCCCUGCUCAUUAUUCCCCCAGAACCUCGCCAAUAAUGUCACCUCGAACCGGCCUCGCUGAGGACAGCUGCCUGGGCCGCCACUCGCCCGUGCCCCGUCCGGCCUCCCGCUCCUCGUCGCCUGGUACCAAGCGGAGGCAUUCGUGCACUGGGGCCUUGGUUGCCCCGCUGCCCGGAGCCUCACCCCAGCGCUCGCGGAGCCCCUCGCCGCAGCCCCGGGACGACGGCGCCCCUGCCGGGUACCCCACCACGGCUGGCUCUGCCGUCCUCAUGGAUGCCCUGAACAGCCUCGCUGCCGACUCGCCCUGUGGGAUCCCCCCCAAGAUGUGGAAGACCAGCCCCGACCCGUCGCCGGUGUCCACCGCCCCGUCCAAGGCUGGCCUGCCCCGCCACAUCUACCCAGCCGUGGAGUUCCUGGGGCCCUGCGAGCAGGAGGAGAGGAGGAACUCAGCCCCCGAGUCUAUCUUGCUGGUGCCACCAACUUGGCCCAAGCAGCUGGUGCCCGCCCUUCCCAUCUGCAGCAUCCCAGUGACUGCAUCCCUCCCACCACUUGAGUGGCCACUCUCGCACCAGUCAGGCUCCUAUGAGCUGAGGAUCGAGGUGCAGCCCAAGCCACAUCACCGAGCUCACUACGAGACAGAAGGCAGCCGAGGGGCUGUCAAAGCUCCGACUGGCGGCCACCCUGUGGUUCAGCUCCAUGGCUACAUGGCAAACAAGCCGCUGGGGCUUCAGAUCUUCAUUGGGACGGCCGACGAGCGGAUCCUUAAGCCCCAUGCCUUCUACCAGGUACACCGGAUCACGGGGAAAACCGUCACCACCACCAGCUACGAGAAGAUCGUGGGCAACACCAAAGUCCUGGAGAUUCCACUGGAGCCAAAAAACAACAUGAGGGCAACCAUUGACUGUGCGGGGAUCCUGAAGCUCCGGAACGCAGACAUUGAGCUGCGGAAAGGCGAGACGGACAUCGGGAGGAAGAACACGCGGGUGAGGCUGGUGUUCCGGGUGCACAUUCCAGAGUCCAGUGGAAGGAUCGUCUCCUUGCAGACAGCAUCUAACCCCAUCGAGUGCUCCCAGCGAUCCGCCCAUGAGCUGCCCAUGGUGGAAAGACAAGACAUCGACAGCUGCCUGGUCUACGGGGGCCAGCAGAUGAUUCUCACGGGACAGAACUUCACGGCCGAGUCCAAAGUCGUGUUUACCGAGAAGACCACAGAUGGGCAGCAGAUUUGGGAGAUGGAGGCCACGGUGGAUAAAGACAAGAGCCAGCCUAACAUGCUUUUUGUUGAGAUCCCUGAGUAUCGGAACAAGCACAUUCGGACAUCAGUGAAGGUGAACUUCUACGUCAUUAACGGGAAAAGAAAACGAAGUCAGCCUCAGCACUUUACCUACCACCCAGUCCCUGCCAUCAAGACGGAGCCCACCGAUGAAUACGACCCCACCUUGAUCUGCAGCCCUGCCCACGGGGGCCUGGGGAGCCAGCCUUACUACCCACAGCACCCAAUGGUGGCCGAGUCCCCCUCCUGCCUCGUGGCCACCAUGGCUCCCUGCCAGCAAUUCCGCUCAGGGCUCUCAUCCCCCGACGCCCGCUACCAGCAGCAGAACCCAGCGGCUGUCCUCUACCAGCGGAGCAAGAGCCUGAGCCCCAGCCUGCUGGGCUACCAGCAGCCGGCCCUCAUGGCCGCCCCCCUGUCCCUCGCGGAUGCCCACCGCUCCGUGCUAGUGCACGCUGGCUCCCAGGGCCAGAGCUCGGCCCUGCUCCACUCCAGUGCAGCCAACCAGCAGGCCUCACCGGUGAUCCACUACUCGCCCACCAACCAGCAGCUGCGCUGCGGAAGCCACCAGGAGUUCCAGCACAUCGUGUACUGCGAGAACUUCGCGCCCGGCACCACCAGGCCCGGCCCACCCCCUGUCAGUCAAGGUCAGAGGCUGAGCCCGGGCUCCUACCCCACGGUCAUUCAGCAGCAGAAUGCCACAAGCCAAAGAGCCGCCAAAAACGGACCUCCGGUCAGUGACCAAAAGGAAGUAUUACCCGCGGGCGUGACAAUUAAACAGGAGCAGAACUUGGACCAGACCUACUUGGAUGACGUUAAUGAAAUUAUCAGGAAGGAGUUUUCAGGACCUCCUGCCCGAAAUCAGACGUAGAAGAAGCCAUUAGCAAGACACCAUCCACAUUGCUAACGCCGGAGCCCCGCCCACCGUCCUCCCCGGUGCCCCCACCAUUCCGGAGCUCGCCUCCUCUCUCCGUGCAUUCUGAGUCUUGUUCUAAAUCCCAGAGAGCAUCUCGGUUGACUUUCAGGUGUCCCAUCCAAACCGGAAGUGCCUGCUGACCCCCCAAUACAUCCUGAACCAGACCACCCGCUGGAGUGCGCCUGAGGGCUGAGAGCCUGAGGCCGGGGACUCGGGGGACGGAAGAUGGGGAUGCAGUUAAACCCCAGCCCUCGCCUUCACUUUUUGGGGUCACAGAUACAGCUCUUGUACCUUUUGAAGGAAAGGAGCCCUCCAACAGAGCAACCAAAGGAACGUGACCCAGCUUCCAGGCUGAAGAAAAACAAAGCCGGCCCAUCUUCCCUAGGGAUUUUGCCCG